AUGUCCGACGCUGCUCACUCGUUCAACAAACUCUUAACCCAGCCAAAGUACACAUCCAAGUCUCGCGCGUCUGGAGAACCUGACGAUGGAACUAAGAAGCUUCGCCGCAUGAUUCUUGUCGAGGGUAUUCCUUCCAAAGACCCCACGUUGCGGCCCAGGAUAUGGAAAAUUUUACUUCGAGUUAACGAUCUCUCUGCGGAAACUUAUCUUCAUUACGUUGCACGCGGGCCAUGCGAAGUUCGAGAGAAAAUUAGGAACGAUACCUUCCGAACUCUCGCAACGGAUAAAGGAUUCAAAGAGCGAGUCCGUGAAGACAUGCUAGUUCGCCUUUUGGAUGCUUUUGUAUGGAGAAAUCACGGAUUUACCUAUGUUCAGGGAAUGAAUGUUCUCGCCGCUCCAUUUUUGUAUACCAUGCCUUCGGAGCUCGAAGCAUUCUUUUGUUUUUCCAAAUUCAUCGAGGAAGCCUGCCCAUUGUAUGUUCAGCCAACGUUGGAAGGUGUCCAUAGAGGUCUAAAGCUCCUCGACCGAUGUUUGAAGUUUGUGGAUCCUGAGCUAUAUGGCUAUUUGCGUUCCAAGAACCUUUCCGCAGAAAUAUACGCCUUCCCUUCUGUUCUCACUUUGUGCGCGUGCACACCUCCCUUAGAUCAAGUUUUGCAAUUAUGGGAUUUUCUUCUAGCCUUUGGCGUGCAUUUGAACGUUUUAUGUGUCAUUGCUCAGCUGUUGCUGAUGCGCGACGAGGUUAUGGCUUCUUCUAGCCCAAUGCGUCUGUUGCGUACUUUCCCUCCUUUGGAAGCUCUCUCUGUAAUCGGCAUUGCCGUUACACUUGUUCGUGAUCUUCCUGCAGAACUAUACGAUGAACUUGUAAGACAUCCCUAUGAGAUACAGACUGCUUAGAGCCCUUUUGCAAGUUCGCUUUGACUACGCUAUCAAUGUACCUGUAACUGUAACAUAAUGUAUCAUAUUAAGCUCGCAACCUUGUAACCCAGAUUUAGACCAACCGACAAUGAAAAUAUAUCGGUUACACAGGUACAUGAGCUGUCACAUCAUCACUACUCGUCUCAACGAGAUUUCGGCAAUCCAGGACACCUCCGCAACACUCGGAUUCCAUGCUAGCACUUCGACUUGCAUGGUUGGCUAUCGACAAGGGAUAGGAUUCAUUAAAAUCGGUGUCAUCAGGAGAGUUCUCCCGAU